CCAGAUAAUUAUUCGUUUUGGUAGCAAUGAUAAUUUCAAACAUUGUUCAUAUUAACGGGUCUCUGAUGCCGUUGGACUCGAUAUGCUUAAAGCCGUAUAAAUUUUAUAAUAUUCCAAGCAACGUGUGCCGAUAGAGUAUUAUUCGCAGCUGCGAAAGGUACUGCUGCCUAAACUGUAUUACGGAUAUGAAUUAUUCCAUGGAGAAAGUUCAAGCAAUCCAACGGAAAUCAACACGUGACAUUUCGAAACACUGUCUACCUGGCAGCAGUGUACAGCAAUCUUUUAAUGAUACGAAUCAUCACACCAAACAUGCAAUAUCUCAAUGCAAUCAUUUGCAGCAAGUAGAUUAUAAGACUGACUCUGCUGUGGCCCAGGAUUUGGGAUGCCAGAAGGAUUUCAAACAAUCUUCUAUUAUCCUAGCAGGAAAUUCACCCAGAGAAAGUCAGUUUCAUAGAUCUGUAGAUUCAUUUUAUGACUCGAGACAUUCUACCAUUCUGGCUGGCCAAUUGGAUUGCAAAAAUGUUUCAAAGGGUACCAAAAAUGUAACAAUCAGAAUAAAAAAAGCUACAACUGAGUUAGAUAGCAACAGUAAAAAAAUUACUGAAAUAACAUUGGAUUCAGAUUGUGAGGAUAUAACUGGCUAUUCAGAGAAAGCUACAAAUGAGUCAGUUGGAAACAACAGAAGAAUCAAGAAUACCAUGAGAGAUUCCGAUGAUAGGAACAUUGAGAAUCAAUCACAGGAUGUGGAAUCAUCUUGCUAUGCAGAUAGUCUCGAAGUUCAAAGAGAAGUAUCUCUAAAAAGUGAGACUGAACAGGAUUCUUCGGAAGUGAAAAAUUGUUACAUGUCAGGUAAAUCUCUACAGAUUUCACCUCAUAGCAAUAACAAAGGUCUACAAAAUGUUUUCUUCAGCAAAGUCGAAAAACAACAUCAUGAUGCAUUGGACAAUCCAAAUGUAGGUCAGAUUUCUAGAUUUCCUAGGGUCAGGUGCAUUGAAAAAGUUAAUUUUCCGUUACAAAACUUUAAAAUACGAUCAAGAGAACAUCAAUCACGAUUGGAUACUAUUUCGAAGGAUAAAAAUGAUAACAUACAACAGAAAUCGAAUAAUUCCGAAGAAACAAAGAAUAAUUUUUCAAAUAGUUGUAUGAACGAAUCAGAGCAGCUAAUUAUGGCGAGUGUAAGAACACCAAAUCUGAAAACAAUUGAAUUCAUCGAAGACUGUUGUAAAUCAUCUCCACUGGUAGGAGAGUAUGCUGAUACUUUUGAGAGCAAAAUCAUUUCAAAUAUCAGCGAACCAUAUCUGGAUGAGCUGUGCAACCCUGAAAUUGAGCAAAAUACAACCUAUGAUGAAAUCAACUGCACAAAUAAAGUAUUAAAAAGGCUGUCGGAACAAUUUGCGGAAGCUCCAAAAAAAUUUACUGAACGGUUGUUGACUCUGUUUGAAGAAUCUAUGCUGCAAUCCUCAUUCGACAAACCAAGUAUAUCUGACGUUAGUUUGAACAGACUGACUGAGGAAUUCAGAAAAAUUUGUAUAGAACACUGCAAGCCGAUUGGCGAUGAGACAAUGCCUGACUUUGGUGUCAGUCAAUUACAAUCCUCUCUCCAAAUUGAUAAAUCUUCUACUAAUCAUACUUCACAGAGUACAAACACUAUCUAUAAAGGAAUGACCCCGUCUUUACAGAAUUUCACUAAACUUGGUGGGGGUAAAAAAAUUUAUCGCAAAACGCCAAGAAAAAUUUUUGAAAGUAACAGCACUCAUUUUGUAAGUUCUCCAAAUCUACAUAAGACCCAAAAUAAUGAAUCACCCUCUUUCAGACAUGUAGUGGCCAAUAGCAAAUAUGACAGUACAGCUACUUUUGAAUUGUUAGAAGACCUAUGCUAUGCUAUGUCACCCACUAAACAGAGUAAAUGUAAAUCACCAUAUGUCGAAAAAGCCUGCAGAGCCAGCUAUGAAGAUUUAGUUCGCAAAAGCGACGGUCAAAUGGCUUCUUUGGCUGAUAGCAUUAUUCUGAAUGAUGAAAAUGAAGACUUUGCUUCCAAGAACAAAGAAGCAUCAAUGAUAUUGCUUGACUGUGGAAAUGAUGACAAGGAAUUUAUCAGGAACUUGAUAUCCCCUUUGGUAAUCAAAAGUAAAGCACAAAAGGGCAAAGGUUUGCAGAAAUCAGACUCCUGUUACAAUGAGGCUCAUGAAGAGGCAUUUGAAGAGCUUCUAACGGCGCGUCUUGUAGAAAAGCGACGGAAGUGUUUCGAAGCAGCCAACAGGGGAUGUGAUACACAAACAGGUCCAAUUGUGAGCGAGAGUUCUAGAUCCUUACAACAAUCGUCACGAGUAAUAGAUGAAAGGGAAAUUACUAAUACCCCUGGCUAUGGUGCUGCGUUCUUCAGCACAUUAUCAGCUUGCAUAGAUUAUUUUGAUGACAUACGAAUCCUGCGCAACCAUAUAAAUUCCUUGUCAUGCAUUUCUGAGUGUUCUGAAGAAUCAGAGUCAAUGAAAAAAUCCAUGAUAGAUUCCAAGUCUCUGCAAUCUGUUGAGGCAUUCUUCCUGCCAAAAGACAACCUGACUCAAUCCCCAACUCGCAAAGCUUUCUCACAUGCUCGAACAGCAUUGCUUGAAACAAAUAAUACCUCAUUGACAUCAUCUAAACAAGAACCAGUUGAAUCGUUUUUAAAUUCAAAUGUAUCCCAAACUCCAUUUGCGAUAAAUAACACACUGAAUACCUCCUCUGGUCAAGUGCUAGCAGCAUCUAAACACCACAUUCUAACUGAUAGAAGGUCAAAAGUUGAUUCACCCAACUAUAAAGACAUAAUGAAUUCCAACUUACGUGAAAAUACACCAGCCAUUAUUGUAACCACCGACUCGCCGCAUAAAUGGAAUCAGCUAAAUUUUCAAGAUGAGAAUAUGAAAAUUGAUUGCAACAGAAAACUCGAGGUUUCUGACACAGAAACACCAAAGUCUAAGAACAAACAAAAAUACUUUUACACACCUGGCAAAACACCAACUACAGAAAAAAUGAAACCUCAAAAACGAUAUUUUUUCACUCCAACAGAAACAAAUUCGCUUAAAAGUUCACCUAUGACUUUUCGAACAGCAUCAGGAUUUUACAGGACGAAUUAUACUAAUGUUCAAAGCCCAGUUGCCAUGUACAUUAAAGGGACAAACCCGGAUUUAAUUAAAAAUGUGAAAGGUAAAACCAACGAAAGAAUGCUUACUCCAAGAUCACCAAUUCUAGCAAGAUCUCCAAACUGGUCACCAACUUCAGCAGAAUCCCGCCGACUGAAGUUUAGACUGACUCCAACAUCAAAAAGGGAGCAGGAGCCUCCAACUGAUAUUCUGAAUAUCGCGAUGUGUGAAAGUGGUCCUUUGUUGAACAUUGAUAGUGAAUGUAUGUCUAAUUCGUCAUUCCCAAAGAUCUUUUAUAAACCAGCACCUUCUGUAAAACUGAUUGAAGACGGAUCAGCUACUCCGCGCAAGCAGACUCCAAAAUCUCGUGUACAUGGAACAGACAAUAAGAUAAUAUAUCGCCACGAAGAUCCAAUUUAAUCGGGAUGCCAGUGGUACAACAAAAAUCUGUUCAGUGACUCGAGGGAUCGAUGUUGCAUCGAGAAGCAACAUCAUCAUAAUAUGCUAUGUUUUUUAUUUUAUUAAUUAUAUAUUUUUUCUUAAACAAACUGUCAUGUAUUUUUUUUAUGUAUUCACAUUUAUUCGCAAUGCAUUAUUAUCAUUUUCUUUUUUAGUUCACUUGGUAGGUCUGUAGUCCUGAUAACCAAAACUUAGUGCCUGAGUUAAACUGCGAAUAUGCAGAACUGUGAUAAGAGAUUUUGGUCGAUGAAAGAUAGUUUUAUGUUCUAUGUAUAUCCUAUUGCUUUUGUGUAGAUGUAAGUUGGGGAGUUUUUUUUGAAACACAAAAGGUUGUUAUACUUUAUUUUUUAAAUUUUGUACUCUUGAUACCUGAAGUUUUGUGCCUGAGUAGAAGUAAAAAAAUUAUAUUAUCAUCUCAGGGAAUAUUGUGAGUCGUAGCUAUUUAGUUGCUAAAUAAUACCUGCAUUCCAGUACUAUAUCACCUGUAGUAUAUAAAUAUUACUGAAACAACAAGGAUUAAUUCUUUUUGUCAAUUAACAUGAAUAAAGAAUUUUUUAAAGACAGAUUCUCUCUUCUCGUCACCCUUGUACGUACAGUAAUUUUUUGUACUGUUGAAUUGAAGUUAUAAAAUUGAGAUGUAACCGCAUCCUCACACUUCAUAAUUAGCUUUAGAAAAUAUUAAUAAAUGAUCAAGGUAAAUAUAGACAUAAACAAAGUUCUAUUAUUGCGAGCGCAACAUGCGGAUCCUAACCGACAUCUAAUUUGUAUGCAACUAACUAUUGCAAAAAUUUUGUGCACAGGACGUGUUAAAUCAGCGAAAAAAACGAAAGAACCAAGCGAUGCCAGCAGCAAAA